AGGGAUGCGUGAGUCACACGGGGCACGCGUUCAAACCUCGGAAAGGCGUGGGUAUACAAGGGAAGCUCGUCGUGGGUGGUCCGCGUCAGUCCGCGUCGAGCGGGAGCGUGGUGUAUGUGUGGUCUGGCUGGUUCGUACGUGAGCGCAACCGUCCGACGACUGGAAGAUGCGAGACAAAGACUUCGCCUCUUGGCCAGCCAAAAUCGCGAGGACCGAGUUACAUUAAUCCGUGAUCGGAACGCACGAAAAUGAAAUCUCUGCAAUGGACACUCUGCUUCACCAGCUUGCUGCUUCAUGGGUGGUCCAUGAAACUGGAACAUGGAUUUGUAGCUAGCAAUGACGGUGAAAAUAACACGUGGAAGGAUGUGCAGUUGAAGCACAGAAUCAAGGACUCCAGUUAUCUACUGAAUAAUUAUCCCAUGGAGGAAUUGUCGCCGGAUGUUUCGGUCUGUCGCAAACCUGCGAAAUGCAUUCCAUUGCAUAAAAAUAGUUGCAUGGGUACGAAGUUACCUUAUUCGACUACCACAUUGAAUCUUAUACCGGAAAGUGUAACUCAAGACAUUAUCGAGGAAAGAUUGUACCUGUUACAAGCCUUGAAACAUGUACCAAAAUGCUGGGCCGUCGUUCAACCAUUUUUAUGCUCGAUAUUCAUGCCAAAAUGCGUCAACAAUACGGUUGAAUUGCCGUCUCAAGAGAUGUGCAAAAUGGUGUCCGGACCUUGCAGGCUGCUGCUUAAUCACACCAUAUGGCCAAGUUUCGCAAAAUGUGACAAUGCAAAAUUAUUUCCGCGAUUAUGCAAGAAUGACGUCAGGGAGUUGAAAUUUAAUACUUCGGGCAAAUGUUUGAAGCCUCUCGUACCUACUGACAAUGCCCUUUCGAUCUUUGAUGGGGUGGAAGGCUGUGGAACACAAUGUUACGAUCCAUUGUACACGUCCGACGAGCAUAGUCAAAUACAUUCGUUUAUUGCAUGGGCUGCAGGCAUCUGCUGUGCCUUCAACCUUUUUGCCAUACUGACAUUUUUGAUAGAUUGGAGGAGCGCUAAUAAGUAUCCGUCUCUUGAGAUAUUUUAUAUAAAUGGUUGUUUCAUGGUGUCUUGCAUCGGCUGGCUAGCUCAAUUUGCUGGUAGCAGGGAGGUAAUUGUGUGUCGCAAGGAUGGAACAUUAAGAAUGGGCGAACCAAGCGGAGAAAAUUUGUCUUGCGUUGUCGUCUUCGUUCUCGUGUAUUAUUUUUUGAUGGCAGCGAUGGUAUGGUUCGUCAUAUUGACUUACACUGUGCACAGCAAGGCGCUUCGUAAGAUGGGAGAUCGGAUAGACAAAAAGGGUGCUUACUUCCAUUUAAUCGCCUGGUGUUUACCACUUGUCUUAACAGUCACGAUCAUGGCAUUAGGCGAAAUUGACGGUAACAGCGUGACGGGAAUAUGUUUCGUGGGUUACGUUAAUCACAUGGUGAGAGUGUGGUUUGUGCUAGGACCGGUUUUUGUUGUUGUACUCGUCGGGGGAUACUUCUUGCACAGAGGUACGUAUUAUUUCUUAUCACGUACAUUUACGAUUAAUAAUGUAGCAUUGACGAUAACAAUGUAUAGUAAUAAUAAUAGAAUAUUAAAUUUUUGUAUUUUAAAUGCAUUCUGUAAUAAUGCAAACUGGCUCUACACGCUGAUUUGCUAUAAAAUCAGCUGUCCAGAAAUAUCUAAGGAGAUGAGUUCAAAGAUAAGGCAUAACAUUGUCAGGAUAGGAGUGUUCUCUAUGUCCGUUCUUGCUGCAGUUAUUGUAACAUUCUAUUGUCACGUUUACGAGAUUCAGUAUUCCUGGCAAUGGAAGCAAAGUUUUAGAGAUUACAUGAUAUGCGCAAUAACGACAAAGUAUUCGGACAUAUCUGAAUGUAAAAUGGAUGUAAGACCCAGCAUGGGUAAAUUGCAAUUACAUUUGUUCGCACUAUUCUUCACUGGCAUUCUCAUGUCUUCAUGGGUUUGGACUAGUUCGACCGUAGAUACAUGGUGCAGAUUCCUAAGGAGCGUGCGCUCCUUCUUUGUUCACAGGAUCUUUAAACAUGAGACCGAAGAGGUUCCUAUAAGACUGAGUAAGCACAAACUUAUCGCGCGUUUAUUCGCAAACCGAAAAACGUUCAACAAGGCCGGACGUUUGUCCAUAAGUUUUCAUAAUGCCCACGAGGAUCCGGUUGGACUGAAUUUCGGUCUCAGCUCCGCGGCAUCGCAAGACUUAAGUUCCACUUGGGCAGCCGCCCUGCCCAAGUUAAUGACACGAAGGGGUGCGCUGGUCGACGGUACUACUGGAUCAGUAUCUAGUAAUAGGAGAAAUUCGGUCGACUCCGAAAUCAGUUACAGCUACAAAUGUGUAUCUAUGGAAUCCAGACGGAACUCGUUGGAUUCACAGAUAUCGGUGCAAAUUGCACAGGUGACACGCAAAGUUGCCGGUCGGUCUCGCGGCCGCCGCGGGAAGAGCAGAAGAGACUUUGGGAAGUCCCGAUCAAGAAGCAAAAUCGAUCCACCGUCUAGAAGAGACAGUACUACCUCCCAAGACAGUCAGUUAAUGACGCAGAUAUCGGUUCCAGUGCCCAAUAUGGGCAGGAGACUUGGAAAUGCUGGGCUUGAAGAACGAGCUUUAGACUCGAAGGUUAUCGAUAUCAAGAAUGCGGGUAUGCUGUUACCCUUUUUAUUUCCGAGGGAACGGACCGGUAGCGACGAGAAUUUGAGCAGCGAGGACAAGAAGCAUCAAGAUAUAGCUGAUCAGAACGUUGACGAGACGGGCAACAUGGAGAAGGAGGACGAACCGGACAGUACCAGCGAGGACAGUCAGCCGGAAGAAGAAAUGAAGAUGCUGGAUUUGGAGGAGGCGCAUGAGCGUAACAAGAGUAAAAGUAGCAAUAAGAAUUGUAAAGUUUACAAUCACGAGGUUGACAGAAGAAAUCGAGAAAGCAGCCAUAGAAGCAAAUACGUCGUACAGCACGAAGCUAUAUUGAAGCAGUUGCUUCAAGAGGCUAACGAUCUGAAGGCAAAGAACGAAAACGAGGAAGAAGUAUAUAAGAAAGCUGUGAUAGGUGACUUGAACUCUAGUCUCGCCUCAUGUCGCCCGGAAUUAACUAGAUUAUUGCAAAACGAUGGGCAGACUAACGCCAGAGAGAUAGCGACGCAGACUUCGCUGCCGCUCGACAUACUGGAGAUGGAAGAACUGAAACAGAGUAUCGACGAGAUAAUCAAUAGUAGACACUGUAGUUCGAAGGGAACACAAAUAUCGCCGCAGCUUAAGAAGAGUAAGAACAUUAUAUAACGUAAGACUGAGAAUUUUCUUUAAAGAAAAAAUGGCUACCAAGCAAGUUUUAGCGAGUUCUUGUUUCCGAAUGGCUCGCAGACGAAAAAUUAACAUGCGCCUUAAGAGAUAUCGGGACAUAUUCAUGAAAUGAGGUAUGAAGUAAUUUAACUAUCCAUCAAAAUUAUUAUUAUGUCGACAGACACGACGAUGAUGUUUUCACUUCGACUCUUUCUUACCUAUAAUCGUACGAUAUUUCUUGAACGAGAGUGAGAUCACAUGAUAUUUUUUAUUGACUUUUUACUGUUGUAAAUUAUAUGUACGUAGGAUAUACAAUAACGAAAGCCAUAUUAAAUGAUAUCAAUCAAGAGCAUACAUGGACAUAAAGAUGGAUAAUAACAUCGAGAUAUUUUUCCAUUAUUUUAUUAUCGCUAAAAUAUUAGUCGAUACGAUAUUUUGAUAACUCGCAUCAAGUAGCUAGGUAAUGUAAUUCGUCUACGACACUAUAGACUACGGAAUCCUAAAUAUACGCUUUGUAAAUGUUAUUUUCCUGCAAAAAUGGAAACCAUUAUAUCCCUAAGGUUGUAUAUUUUCGAAUGUUGAUAAAGUAUAUCGGAUAUUUCUCAUGACAGUAAGACGUUCAAUUUAUACAUUAUUUUUUAAAGAAGCGAUUCGAAUAAAAUGUGUUUUAUAAUUCU